CUCAUCUUCUAGUCUUCUUCCCUCCCCUCCGUCACCACUCACCACCUCCCCUAUGGCAUGGGAGCUUCUCCCGGCCUCUUCCUCCCCUUCCUGCCAGACCAUCUUCCUACCGCAACGCACCUGACGGUUUCCAUCCACCUGGCUUCCCUGUUGCGCUAGCUGAUCGACCCACGCAACGCAAGUGCAAUGCCGUGCCGAGGCUAGAUCGAGCUGCCGAGCGCUGAUCACGGUGAGGCCACCCAGAUCCACCCGAUUGCCACGCGGACUUCACCCCUUGCCUUUUCUCCUCCCGUCCACCCAUCGGGCGCUUUCCCUCCAUCCCUCUCUCUCGUGCGGCAUCUGGGCGACCCGCCGACGCCCCUACGCCAGGUGCCCAGGCCUUCGUCGGGUCCUUUACCGGCGACGAGCACACACCAGGGCACUGGAGGGCUACCAUCUGCUUCGCUUUCUGAAAAAAAAACAGUUUCGGCAUAAUUAUCACCCUAAGAUGCCUGGAAUUACAAUGGAUGGAUUUGUUGCAGAGGAGGUGCCGAACAGGGUGAAUUCCUCUCCACAGAAUGAAAAUCUGCCCGCCCCAAAUUCGACGGCAGCUUCAACAAUGGCGCCAAGCAUGCAAAGUGAGGCACUUGAGAUGCAUGUCGAGAGCUCCGGUACUGGGGAGCCCUCAAUUGAGCAGCUCUACAACAAUGUGUGCGAGAUGAAGAGCUCAAGUGAGGGUGGCUCCCUGUCACAUGAGAGCUUUGGCUCAGAUGGGGAGGAGUCUAGGAUUGAUUCAGAGCUUCGCCAUCUUGUUGCUGGGGAGAUGGAGGCCAUGAAGGUGAUUGAGGAGGAAGAGGAGAAUGGUAGUGUUGCCAACGUUGUGCCACCGGUUCCCGCUGAGAAUGGAACCCCAGUAAAGGAGCAGCCUUCCAAAUCGUCCAACAAGUCGAAGAAGGACUCAAAAUCACAGCUUGAGUCUGAUGCCUCUGUUGGUCCCAAUAGGAAGGCGUCCACUGAGGAAGGUGAGAGGGAGGUCAGCAAACAGGCAACCCGAGUUGGCCGUCGGCGGAAAUCAAAUGCCAAUCCACAGAAUGGAACAGAAGAUGCUGGGCUUGAUAACCCAGACCUUGGUCCAUUUCUUCUCAAACAUGCAAGAGACUUGCUUGCCUCAGAAAACUCACGUCGGGCACUGAAAUAUGCUCUCCGUGCCACUAAGACAUUUGAGAAAUGUGCUGGUGGAAAACCAAGCUUGAACUUAGUCAUGAGUUUGCAUGUUGUUGCAGCAAUCUACUGCAACUUGGGAAAAUAUGAAGAGGCUUUACCUGUGCUGCAUCGAUCUCUUGAGAUCCCUGUAAUUGAGGAAGGUCAGGAACAUGCUCUUGCAAAGUUUUCUGGUUGCAUGCAGUUAGGGGACACCUAUGGCAUGCUAGGUCAAACUGCACUCUCACUGCAAUGGUAUGCUUCUGGGCUUGAAAUACAAAAGCAAACAUUGGGAGAGCAAGACCCAAGGGUUGGAGAGACUUGUCGGUACUUAGCUGAGGCCCAUGUGCAGGCAUUACAACUCGAUGAAGCACAAAGAUUGUGUCAGAUAGCCCUUGACAUCCACAGGGAGCAUGGCGGGACAGCCUCACUAGAAGAAACAGCUGAUAGGAGGCUGAUGGGUCUAAUCUAUGACACCAAGGGUGAUCAUGAAGCUGCCUUGGAGCAUCUAGUGAUGGCCGGCACGGCCAUGAUAGCCAAUGGUCAGGAGACAGAGGUGGCCUCAGUGGAUUGCAGCAUUGGUGAUAUCUACCUCUCCUUGGGCCGGUAUGAUGAGGCUGUGUUUGCUUACCAGAAAGCUCUUACUGUAUUCAAGACCAGCAAAGGGGAGAAUCAUGCAACUGUGGCUUCUGUUUUUGUGCGCAUAGCGGAUCUGUACAAUAAGUCAGGGAAGCUGAGGGAGUCAAAAUCUUACUGUGAAAACGCUCUCAAAAUUUACCAAAAACCUAUUCCAGGGACUUCUCUGGAAGAAAUUGCCACUGGUUUAACUGAUGUUUCAGCCAUAUAUGAGACGAUGAAUGAGCAUGAGCAAGCACUCAAGUUACUUCAGAAGGCCUUAAAAAUGUACAACAAUUCUGCUGGCCAACAGAGCACAAUUGCUGGAAUUGAGGCUCAGAUGGGUGUCUUGCACUAUAUUUUGGGCAAUUAUGGCGAGUCAUAUGAUUCCUUCAAGAGUGCGAUUGCAAAGCUCCGCACCUGUGGUGAGAAAAAGUCUGCCUUCUUCGGAAUUGCCCUGAACCAGAUGGGAUUGGCAUGCGUUCAAAGAUAUUCGAUAAAUGAAGCAGCAGAACUGUUUGAGGAAGCUAGAACAGUUCUGGAACAAGAAUACGGGCCUUAUCAUCCAGAUACUUUAGGAGUGUACAGUAAUCUUGCUGGAACUUAUGAUGCAAUGGGCAGACUUGAUGAGGCCAUCGAGAUCUUGGAAUAUGUUGUUGGAAUGCGCGAGGAGAAGCUAGGUACGGCAAACCCAGAUGUCGACGACGAGAAGCGGAGGCUUGGGGAGCUAUUGAAGGAGGCUGGCCGGGUGCGAAGCAGAAAGGCAAAGUCCCUGGAGAAUCUGCUCGAGACCAACCCAUAUAUCGCCACCAAGAGAAAUGCAGUUGCUGCAUGAAUCACUGUUCUGAAGAUGAAAGGCGAGGAUUGUUACUAAGGUAUUCAAUUGGUUCGUUCAGAUGGGGGUAACGGGAAUAUUGGUGCUUACCUAUUAAGAAAAUAUGAAAUGAUCAAAUCACUGAUCUCAAAUUCUUUGCUGUAAAGUUUUCAAAUACUAUUACCGUUACAUGUACAGUGCUCUUUUAUACCGUUCUUGAGAAAACGAGUGGUGGGUACUGAUUCUCUU